CAAUUUUAUUUUCAGUGGUUGAAAACAUGGCUGAUGAAUUGAGUUUCGGCUCCGUGCCUCCGUACUACCGUGAAGUCUACGACAUUGUUUGUCCUGAACAAGAUCGAAUUGAUCGAGAUUUGUUCGUCAAGAUACUGAUCAAGUCGAGCUUACCCAAGCAAGCCCUUAGCACGAUAUGGGAUGCUGUGGAUAGCAAGCAAGGCUUCAUUACCGGGGGUUUAUACAAAGCUCUAGCCCUCACAGCUCUAGCUCAACAAGGGAAGCAGCCAAAUGUCAAACUCUUGGAGAAUUACACCGGCCAAGAGCUUCCUAAGCCCUCUCUUGGUGACCUGUCAGAUCUGAGGAAAUUAAGCCAAGAUGUGAGAAGAGAACGAGCCCCUAACAUCCUUAACUACAACUACGCCCAGCUAAGUGCACUAGAUCAUGUGACGGUGGAUCUUAUACCUGAGAAGAAAGGUCUACUACUUAAACAUGUGGAGUAUGAAGUCUUUAGCAGGAUGUACAAGUCUACUGUAUUUAGGCGCUACAGUGACUUUGCAGCCAUGAGCGACAUGUUAAUCAACUGCUAUCCAUACAGAAUGGUGCCUCGUCUCCCCCCUAAAAAGAUGUUAGGAGCAAAUCGAGAAUUCAUAGAGCAGAGGAGAAAAGCUUUGGUUCGAUUCCUGACACUAGUGGUCAGACAUCCUACGUUCCAUGGCAGUGAGGUUAUUCGCUUCUUCCUAACAUUCACCGGAUCUGAUAUGCAGCAUAGAAUCAAGGAGCAGUUUAGAGGGAUACCUGAUGAGUUUGUUACCAGCAAGCUAGCUGCUCAGGCUAAGGAUCUUGUUCCAAUGGAUACACAAGUGCAGUUUGGUAACAGUAGAGAACAGAUAAAGAGUCUAUACAACAGUAUGAACCUUAUUAAGGGAUUUGUGGACCAAAUUACAAUGAGAGCAAUGGGUAAUGCAGCAGAUACCCUAUCAUUUGCCAAGGAGUUGAGUAGUCUAGGUGGUGACUCCCAGCCAGCCUCUGCCUGGGCUAUGGGACACAACGACUCAUGGCCGAAUCUCAAGAGUGGUCUCAAGUCUGUAGCAGUAGAGUUUGCUUCUCUCUCAGAUAAAUACACGAACCAGGGCAAGAGGCUUAACGAAGGAGUGGCCGAGAAAUUCUGGCUGUUUCUUGAUCUUCUGCAGGCAUACAAGGACCUGUGUGAGCGACAUGAGAAGGGAGUGCUAAGGGAUCAUCAAAAUGCUCUUCAGAAGAUGGCUGCUAUAAAGAAAAAGAAGAUGUCUGCCACGAUCAGAGGUGGAGAGUAUGUCAAUGAAGUAGAACAACUUGAGUCUAGAAUUAUUGAGCAAGAAAGUCAGAUCAUGACAAUGGAGAACAGGAAUUUCUUCUCUCUGCACUGCCUUCAAAUGGAGACCCAGUUAAUACAUGCCAACAUGCCUCUCAUUGCUGAUGUCAUGCAAACCUUUGCAGAAGCUGAGGUCAACAGUCAGAAAGAGCUGCUGCAGGUAUGGCAAGACAGCCUAGACAAGGUUGUGAAGCACAUUUCUCCUUCCAAGCCGUCCUCAUCACCAAACUCAGCUACAUUAUGAUAGUACAUAUCCCACUGCUGCCACCAUUUAUAGUCAAAGGGAGGAGGAAUCCUGAAGCCAGUCACAAGAUUGGGAAGAAAAUUUGAGUUUGGGUUAGAAAUGACAUUUCUUACUCAUUUUGCUGAAUAUCAUAUAAAUUGUAGAAGUCAAUAUUAUUAUGGCAUUGUAAUCUUUGCAAUUGGACAGAAGACCCAAGUGGGUGUUGCUUAUGGGAACUGGCAGACUAGUCGCCCAACUCUCCAUUUGUAGCCCAUUGGAUUUCACCCACUGGAAGGCUUACUGCAAUGUACCUGCAAUUUUUAAUUUACUUUUUAUAUGACUACAGUGCACUGAACACCAGAUCAGGAAGAUAUUUGACAUGUGAAUCCUAACGCAGGUCAUAGACUGAUUAUACAGCAUGAGAUGCCCUUCAUGACUGCAUGCAUAAUGUCUGAUAGGGAUGUUUCAUCAUACAGCAUGAGAUGCCCUUCAUGACUGCAUGCAUAAUGUCUGAUAGGGAUGUUUCAUCAUACAGCAUGAGAUGCCCUUCAUGACUGCAUGCAUAAUGUCUGAUAGGGAUGUUUCAUCAUACAGCAUGAGAUGCCCUUCAUGACUGCAUGCAUAAUGUCUGAUAGGGAUGUUUCAUCAUACAGCAUGAGAUGCCCUUCAUGACUGCAUGCAUAAUGUCUGAUAGGGAUGUUUCAUCAUACAGCAUGAGAUGCCCUUCAUGACUGCAUGCAUAAUGUCUGAUAGGGAUGUUUCUUGCCCAAAGAACAAGUAUGAAAACCAAAGUUACAUCCUAUAUAGCAAUAUAGAAAUAUAGAAUUUUCCUGAUGAUGUGUUCUCUUUGGCCUCCUUAAACUGAUAAACCUUGUUUAUAAUCUUGUUCUUUGUAUCAAUUGAACAAGAUAUACUUUCUAAGGACUUAAGAGGAAUGUAAGGUGAUGAUAUUGUAGUUCAAAAUUUGUUGUGGGUUCGUGAUUAGGAACAAUAUGAACCCUUUCUCUCUCUCUCUCUCUCUGCACCUUUCAGAAAUGCAUGAUGGCAUGUGAUUCAUUGUAGUUUAUGGUUUUAUAGAUUCAUAAUUCAGGUUCUAUACCCACCACAAUUUUAUCAUUUAAUACACCCCAUGAAAAUAUACAUGACUUCAGAAAACAUGUCCAGUGUAAUUUCACCAAGGUUUAGAAACAGAGAAAUAUCACAAUAUUAAUAUUCAUGACAUUUGUUGAUAAAUGUUGUUCAAUGUGAAUAGAUCUGCUGCUUCUGACAUUUAAUAGUAAAGCAAGCCUGAACAUGGCUAUUUUAAACAUUUGCAACUACUUUGCCUUGUAUGUCACCUUUUGAAGUGUGUGAACAUAACAAUGACAUAAAACAUAAUCCAAAAAUGUUUUCUAUGGGUCUUACAAUUCCCGUUGAGUUGAUGUUUGGAAAUAGUUGCGAUUCGUGUUUAUUAUAAAUGCAUGUCCAGGACUCAUGUUAUUAAUUUGCAAACCUAAGAUAACACAAGGUUGAAGUCCUACAUCUAGUAACUUACUUUCAGUCACCUGUGUGACUCAUAGUCUCCAAAUUAACAUACACAUCAUCUUGGUCAUGAUGGCACCUGAAUAUGAACACUACAUGCUCUUGUAGUAUUUCAAGAGAAGAACCAGGAAAGUGCUAUAGUCAAACCUGCUUUAGCAACCACCUGUAUAGAAAGAUGACCUAUCUACAAAGACCACCUGCAUAGAAAGACCACCUGUCUACAAAGACCACCUGUCUACAAAGACCACAUUUUUUGUUUCCCAUGAAAAAGGUGUCUCAUUGAAACCUGUACUAAAGAAAUCUGUACAUAAAGGCCAUCUGUCUGUAAAGACCACUUUUCUUGUCUCCCUUGGGUGGUCUUUAUAGACAGGUUUCACCAUAUUAGUAAAUAAGAUAAAGGCAAUCUCUUCUUAGUACAUGCUCCCUGUGUUACUAGCUUCAUAGUUAUACAAAACAUUUAUGUGUAGUCAAGUAACAUAUGACAUCCUGCCAUUUCAUUGAUUUAUUUAGGUCAUAAAAUAAAGCAAUAUUUAGAACAAUAAAGGUAUAUUUAAAAAGGAAGAGCCUUUGAUGUGUUCUCUGAAGAGAAAUUAUAUUUGUUUUGUAAAUAUAAAUGAAUAUAUGAUUAGAACGUGUUAAAAAAAAUAUCAAGAUAACUAUUUUUUGUGAUAUGUCAUUCCUGCAUGAUCUUUUUGUAAACUUUCCUCUCUAUCUCUCUCUCUCUUUCUUUCUCUAUUUUAUUCUCUCUAUUUGUAUGGUCAAUCUACCAAUCUAGGCUGAAUUCUGUAAAAAUAUUAAUUUCAAUACCUGAAUUUAACAUUCCUAUCUAAAGGCUUCUCAUAGCUAAAGAAUGAAAGUUAAUUACAUUUGAACUACCAAGAUUCACCUAUGUAAGGGUCAGAUGUUGUAUGAAGGAAGAAUUGAAGUGUUUGAUGAGGACUAUUGAUGGAUACAUUCAUCUUUUUAAAAACAAACAUUUUCACCUGUCGUUAAAAACAUUAGAAUAAAGUUUACUGCCAAUUUUCCUCAUCAAUCAUUUUACUCCUUGAAGAUGAUUGUGUGACAACCGCUGUAAAUGUGGUGGGCUGGAAGAGGUUCUUUGAUGAUUAGAUUAGCAUGUCUGAUCUACAUGUAGCAUGUACAUUUUCCUUUUUUUUUUCUUCUUCAUUUGUCUGAUUCUGUUUCUUUCAAUAAUUAUGCAAAUUUACAAACUGUCUUACUGUGCCUUAAUUGAAUCAUUAUGUAGGGCCCAUCCUUUUAAAGUAGUCAAGUUUUUAUCUGAUAGAGGAUGAAGAGAAAAGGCCUCAAGUUGCAGGCAUCUUGGUUAAAUUACAUUUUACGAUUCAUUUCACUAGCUCUUGCUUGACUAUCCACAUAUCAAUGUCAUCUUUUUUAAUUAAUUAAUUUAUUACAAAAAUAUAUGUUUCACCUGCUACUUAUGUUAAAUAUGCAAAGCAUGAAAUCAAUAGCAAGUUCAUUUUUAGUUCUUUCUUAUGUAAAGAGUAAUCAUCAUUGCGCUUCUGUUAUAUUGUCCAUUAUCACCUACUAUGAAUAUGAUUACUUCAAUCACUAAAGAGCACAGUAUUUUUGU